GUCAGGGUUUCAGACGACGCCAAGAUGGCUGCGCCCAGUGCAGUGUGACCUGCGGCCGAGCGUGGAUGGCUCUUUUGCUCUGACCUAUGGCAGAUGCUGCCCCUUCAGGGGCCCGGGGCCCCUCGUCCUUUGUUCCUCAUGGAGUAGGGGACACACCAGAGAGCGGCUGGGACCGCGUCUGUGAGAUCUUUCAACGCAAUGAGCGCGGUGAGAGCUCCCAGGAGGCGGAGCUCAUUGUGAAGAGCGCGUUGACCGGGGCGUUGAUUGGCUUGGUCUAUGGCGGUGUACCCGCGGCCCGCUUCAGCCGGGAGCAGUAUAUAAAGCACAGCCAAGCUGAGGUUUUCCGCCACCGGAUAGAGGCUGUGAGGUCUGUCCAUAAUGCCGCCCUCCGGGGAUUUCUUCGGUACGGAUUCCGCUGGGGAUGGAGGGUCGCAGCUUUUGUCAGCAUUUUUAACUGUGUCAGCACUGGCCUCUCCGCGUAUCGGGACAAGGUUGUGGUCAGCAACUUUGCUGCAGCUGGAGCGGUCACUGGUGGCUUAUUCCGGCUGAACCUGGGGCUUCGGGGCCUGGUCGGGGGCUCUGUCAUUGGAGCGUUACUCGGGGUUCCUGCUGGAGCGUUGAUCUCCGGUUUACAGAGUCUCGCGGGGGAGGAUCUUCGUCAGCACAAGCGCCAGGAACGCCGGCAUCUCAGUGAGCGUCAGCUGCAGGAAUGGACCGAGCGGGUGGCAUACACUGACGUCAUUGUGCAGGAGAUUCGAGAAGCCGGUGAAGAGUCCUCUGAGCAGGAGGUGGAGAAAAUCAAUGAGUUGUUACAACACACCAGAACUGCUGCCCCCGAGCAAUGAGGCCAUGAUGGGCAUUCACAUCUACCCGCUUCCCGUGUGAGACAGAUGCCACACUGCGCCCGUCUGCAUGGCCCUCAGUGAUUCUUACAGUGUGUGGAUCCAAGAGGAGCAGGAGGCAGCAAAUUAACAGGGGCUGGAUCAGAACGUCUGACCCUACUGCCCUCUAGUACUCGGGGUCUUCUGUGUGAGAACUGCACCCAGGAUCAAGACAGGACAGAGCUGGCAGAACUCUAGGACAAUAAAUGUCUUAAAAUGUGCUA